AUGAAGGAUACAGUCUAUCCAGAAGAUGCCGAAAUCGCGCGGUUAGAACGCAUCCUUGGCAAAGGUGCACAGUACGCUCUUCAGGAAUAUGGCUUCGAGGACCUUUUUGCGCCUGGACAGAGUUCUUUUAUCUAUAAUGAAUCUGGCGAAUCUACAGGUAACGACAGCCUAGCGUCAUCAGUCUACAGCGCAGACUCUGAAGAGCAUCACCUCCCUGCAUUUCUGCACCCUCCAGAGGAUGCCCCUAUCACGGAGACCGUCACUUGUGAAGCCCCCGGACCCAAUAUCCUUGGCAUAGCGUCGUCUUCAAUUACUAAGUAUAUGAAUAAGCUAGUAGAAACCAAUAUAGAAGAGGUCGUUGAUGGAAUCCUUGCUUCGCGGCCUUUUUAUGAAACAGAUGGCUAUAUGGGAGUUGACCUUGCAAACAUUAUUGUGGCCAGUAUAGCAAACUCAUAUGAUCAAUCCUCAACAAUGGGGGCACUUCUUGGCGCUUUUUUAUAUUGCUUGCACCUCAAGAACUCACAAGUUUGUCACGCAUGCGUGAGUAACCUCUACGUGAACCUUCACGAUACCAUAGCAAAUGCACCGAUCUACUCUACAACUACUGAACUCACUUUUAUGCAGAGCCUUACAGAGGAAAGUGACUCUGAAGCCCUAGUCAGCAAUCUUGUUGAGGCCCUGUCAUACGCCAUAGCGUUCCGUGGGGCUGCGGUAACCCCUCUGGGCAACCUCUUAGAGACCAUGCUGCACUGCCAAGUAAUCAUCACUCUGGUGACUGAGGAAAGCACGACCGUCGUGGAGUUUCAUGUGUUGAGCCCAGCGGUAUACAAACUGCUGAGUAGGAUUUUGCGAAUAGCAGCAUCUUUGCUGCUUAGUCUCUGCCCUCUCCAGUAUAAAGCCUUAAGCAAACAAAUUACACAUGACUCUGGGGUGAUGAAACAGAUACUUCUCUCCCCGCACGCCUCGCUAGAACAACGGCGAUUUGCCACAAGACUGCAGGUCUAUGAAGCAAUGAUCAAAGAAGCUAGAUCUUUGGGGCUGCAUACAAAGAAAGAUGUGCCAGUCGCUCCCAAUCUACGUGGUAUCUACGAAUUCAUGCAUAGCAUGAAGAGUGGAAAGCAGGCUACAUUGCAAGAGCAAAGCCUCAACGACUGCUUUGCCAUCGUCAGUCAGAUAAAGAAAUUCCCACAUGACAAGCAUAUAGAGCCAAAUCUGUUAGAGAAGGGCCAAGAGAGUAGUCUACGGUCUGUCGGCGCCAUUAUGUCGCUUCUAUGGGAUAUGCUUUUAACUAAGGCGAUAGCAGAGGAGUUCACCAGCGGUCCCUUACGACAUAGACCUGUGAACUCAAAUGGCCUUCGGUAUUCUGAGGGAGAACUUAUUGCUUGCAAAUAUUUCUGCUUCAUAUUUGAUGACAUAGCGCAGAAACUUGUGGACCCAGAGAGAUUCAGUGCUGCAUGGAGGAAUGCAUACAGAACCGAGGGCCCUUCUAAUACUAUGUUGGACGCCUUCACUAACUAUGUUUCUAAGCAACUCUCUUAUCUCUCUUCGCAAGAGGGUAUUGAACACAGUAUAAAAACUUAUCUGGAUAAGCCGCUUCAAAAGCUCACCGUCCCCUCACUUUUUUCUAUUAUAUUAACUGUUAAUGCAGAUCGUUCGUAUACUGACCAUACCUUGAUACUAUUAUUACGAAGCAUUAUCGCUGCACCAGGAAGACAUGAUUUCCGUUAUCAGCUGGGACUUGCCAUCUGGGAUUAUGUGGCCGGUCUUCAAAACAACAGCAGGCAGAUCACCAACACGGCGCGCAUCGUAGGGUACCUUUUGGGAUGCCCAACUGAAUCGGGGAUCCACGGAAUAUCUUAUAGCAUUCUAAAGAAGCACGUCCUAUGUGACAGCAGCAGCAUUCAGACUAAGUCUACUAGAAGUACAUUACCUCUGGCCGUUCGCACUUUCUACGACUUUCUCUUUUGCUUCCUACUAACAGGAAAAACGCAUAGACUUGAGAACUCAUCCGGGACUGACAUCUAUCAUUCGCGGAUGGCGUUUGGUCCCCUCAUUGGCCACGUCGACCAGGGCUUAUUAAUAUACAAUAAGUAUGAAGAGAAAGAAACAGAUGGUAUGGGCCGUGUACGCCGUGGCACAUUACUGUAUCUGGACGAUCUUCUGGCCGCUUACACCCAAGGGGAUAAAACCGUGCGUAAAAUAGUAAGUCACUUGUAUGCAGAUGGAGCCGUUUUCGAGGAGCAUUGCAAGAAGUUGGUGGGCCUCCUGCUCGAAAAGGUCGGGCUUGCAGUAACCAACAGGGUUUAG